UUCCUCCUCUCACAGCCCCGCCCCGGCCUAUCCGGCCCAGCAGAGGUCCCGCCUGUCCGGGGAGAGGGAGCUCCACUGCCGCAGAGGCUCUGACAGACGGCCGGGCAGACAAACUGACCUAGGAGACUAGCCAAGCGCAGGCGCUGGCUGCCGGAGCAUACAGGUGGAAGCCAGGAACUGGGCUCUAGACUCCAGCCAGACUGAGGUCUGUCGUCCUUGACACUGGCCACCACUGGGGACACCAUGAGCCAGUCAGGGUCCAUGAGCUGCUGCCCAGGAGCUGCCAACGGCAGCCUGGGCCGGUCUGAUGGUAUGCCCAAGAUGAGCGCAAAGGACUUGUUUGAGCAGAGGAAGAAGUACUCCAACUCUAACGUCAUCAUGCAUGAGACAUCGCAGUACCAUGUCCAGCACCUGGCCACAUUCAUCAUGGACAAGAGCGAGGCUAUUGCCUCAGUGGAUGAUGCCAUCCGGAAGCUGGUGCAGCUGAGCUCCAAGGAAAAGGUCUGGGCCCAGGAAGUGCUGCUGCAGGUGAACGACAAGUCACUGCGACUGCUGGACGUGGAGUCUCAGGAGGAGCUGGAGAACUUCCCGCUACCCACCGUGCAGCACAGCCAGACAGUGCUAAACCAGCUCCGCUACUCCUCCGUGCUGCUGCUGGUGUGCCAGGACUCGGACCAGAGCAAGCCAGACAUCCACUUCUUCCACUGUGAUGAGGUGGAGGCGGAGCUGGUGCAGGAGGACAUUGAGAGUGCCCUGGCUGACCACCGACUGGGGAAGAAGAUGCGGCCACAGACCCUAAAGGGACACCAGGAGAAGAUCCGUCAGCGGCAGUCUAUCCUGCCUCCUCCUCAGAGCCCGGCCCCCAUUCCCUUCCAGAGACAGGCUGGAGAUUCCCCUCAGGCCAAGAACCGUGUGGGCCUGCCAUUGCCAGUGCCAUUCAGUGAGCCAGGUUAUCGCCGCAGGGAAUCCCAGGAUGAGGAGCCACGGGCCGUGCUGGCUCAGAGAAUAGAAAAGGAAACGCAAAUCCUCAACUGUGCCCUGGACGACAUUGAAUGGUUUGUGGCCCGGCUACAGAAGGCAGCUGAGGCUUUCAAGCAAUUGAACCAGCGGAAGAAGGGGAAGAAGAAGAGCAAGAAGGCGCCAGCAGAGGGUGUCCUCACGCUUCGAGCCCGGCCCCCGUCAGAAGGAGAGUUUGUGGACUGUUUCCAGAAAACCAAGCUAGCCAUCAACUUGCUGGCAAAGCUGCAAAAGCAUAUCCAAAACCCCAGUGCAGCUGAGCUGGUGCACUUCCUCUUUGGGCCUCUGGAUCUGAUUGUCAACACCUGUGGCGGCCCAGACAUUGCGCGCUCUGUCUCCAGCCCUCUGCUGUCCACUGAAGCUGUGAGCUUCCUGCGUGGCCACCUGGUCCCCAAAGAGAUGACACUGUGGGAAUCAUUGGGGGAGACCUGGAUGAGGCCUCGCUCUGAGUGGCCCCGGGAGCCACAGGUGCCACUUUAUGUACCCAAGUUCCACAGCGGCUGGGAACCACCCCUGGACGUCCUACAGGAGGCUCCCUGGGAAGUGGAGGGACUAGCAUCUGUGCCCAGUGACCAGCUGACCCCUGCGAGGCAACUAUCUGUACGGCACUCCCCGAAGCACAGCCUCUCUUCUGAGACCCCAGUCCCAGAAGACAUUGUACCUCCAGGCAGCUCCCCACAUACUAACAGGGGCUACCAGCCGACACCAGCCAUGGCCAAGUAUGUGAAGAUCCUCUAUGACUUCACAGCACGCAACGCCAAUGAGCUGUCCGUGCUCAAGGAUGAGGUCCUAGAGGUGCUGGAGGAUGGCCGGCAGUGGUGGAAGCUGCGAAAUCGCAGUGGCCAGGCUGGCUACGUGCCCUGCAACAUCCUGGCUGAGGCUCGGCAGGAAGACGUGGGUGCCCCCUUGGAACAGUCUGGCCAGAAAUACUGGGGUCCUGCCAGCCCCACCCACAAAGUGCCCCCAAUUUUCGCAGGGAACAAAGAAGAGCUAAUCCACCAUAUGGACGAGGUCAAUGAGGAGCUCAUGAAAAAGAUCAGCCACAUCAAGGCACAGCCGCAGCGCCACUUCCGCGUGGAGCGCAGCCAGCCCGUGCACCUGCCGCUUACCUUCCAGUCAGGUCCCGACGAGGUCCGAGCCUGGCUGGAAGCCAAGGCCUUCAGUGGCAGGAUCGUGGAGAACCUGGGAAUCUUGACCGGGCCCCAGCUCUUCUCCCUCAACAAGGAGGAGCUGAAAAAAGUGUGCGGGGAAGAGGGCAGUCGCGUGUACAGCCAGCUCAUGGUUCAGAAGGCCUUCCUAGAGCAAAGUGGGUCGGAGCUGGAGGUGCUUAUGAACAAGAUUCACACCAAGAACCAGAGGAGAGCGGAGGACAGCUAGACCAACCAGCAAACUUCGCCAGAGGCAGAGGGGAGGCUGCAUCUGUCGCAGUCCCAACCCUAAUGUAUGAUGGAGUAUUA